UGGUGCCUGGACCAGCUGAAGACGCUGCAGACCAGGCACUCGGUCAGCGAGAUGGCUUCCAACAAGUUCAAAAGGAUGCUGAGCCGGGAGCUGACGCACCUCUCGGAGACCAGCCGCUCAGGGAACCAGGUCUCCGAGUACAUCUCCAGCACCUUCCUGGGGACCUGGGCACGAAUCCUGCGGCACCGUGUGCCCAUGGGGAAGGAGCUGGAGGACACCAACAAGUGGGGGCUCAACGUGUUUAAAGUCGCUGAGUACUCGGGGAACCACCCGCUGACGGUCAUCAUGUACAGCAUCUUCCAGGAACGUGACCUGAUGAAGACCUUCCGCAUCCCCGUCAACACCUUCGUCACCUACAUGCUGACGCUGGAGGACCACUACCACACUGACGUGGCCUACCACAACAACCUCCACGCCGCCGACGUGGCUCAGUCCACCCACGUCCUCCUCUCCACGCCCGCGCUGGAGGCCGUCUUCACAGCCCUGGAGAUCAUGGCUGCCAUCUUUGCCAGCGCCAUCCACGAUGUUGACCACCCCGGCGUCUCCAACCAGUUUCUCAUCAACACCAACUCGGAGCUGGCGCUGAUGUACAACGACGCCUCGGUGUUGGAGAACCAUCACCUGGCCGUGGGCUUCAAGCUUCUCCAGGAGGAGAACUGUGACAUCUUCCAAAACCUGAGCAAGAAGCAGAGGCAGUCACUCCGCAAAAUGGUCAUUGACAUGGUGCUGGCCACGGACAUGUCCAAGCACAUGAAUCUGCUGGCGGAUUUGAAAACGAUGGUGGAGACCAAGAAGGUGACGAGCCUGGGAGUGUUGCUGCUGGACAACUACUCCGACCGGAUCCAGGUCCUGCAGAACAUGGUGCACUGCGCCGACCUCAGCAACCCCACGAAGCCGCUGGAGCUCUACCGUCAAUGGACCGACCGCAUCAUGGUGGAGUUCUUCCACCAAGGCGACCGGGAGCGGGAGAAGGGGAUGGAGAUCAGCCCCAUGUGUGACAAGCACACUGCCUCCGUGGAGAAGUCCCAGGUGGGCUUCAUUGACUUCAUCGCCCACCCGCUGUGGGAGACAUGGGCCGACCUGGUGCACCCUGAUGCCCAGGAGAUCCUGGACACGCUGGAGGACAACCGGGAAUGGUACCAGAGCAUGAUCCCUCGGAGC